GUUGGGUGUUUCCAUAUUUUUGUCCAUCCCCUGUAUGUUGAUAAUGUGAUAGAUAAUGCAGAGGAGCUUCGCACAUCCACUAUAUCAGUGCUUCAAUAAGUAGUUUUCAUGUCUUCACUUUUUGAAUGGAACUUAGGCACAUGUGAUGUAUGUGAUUGAUUAGAGGUGUACUUGGUACUGAUACUAAGAAAAUGAAAGCCAAGGAGAACAUGGCUCUUCACUUUCUAAGAACUGGAUCUGCCUGUGAACAAAUUAAAACAUAAAAUGGAUUUUAUCAUACAUACUGCAUCAUCUUCAGUCCCCAGUAGACCCUACAAAAUACCUCAUCUGAAUACUAAUAUGGUAUCUAAAUGCACACAAAUUUGGACAUACAAUUUAGGAAUUUGAGAUGGCAGUGAAACUCAAAUGGCAAUGUGGUCAGAAGAUGAAGCUACCAUGGACAAUCUGAGGUAAUUUCCUGCAUUCAUGCUUACCAAGAUACUGUCAAACCCGAGGAGAGAACUCGAUAUGUAUGUGUAAUACUGCCUUGUAAAUGCAACGCUUUCAUAUCUUGUUGGUCAGGACAUUGCUCUUACAACACACCAUCCACAAUAAUAUAUGAAACCAAACAUCCAAAAAUAUACAUAUCAUAGCCACAGCAGCAGAGACUGGUACAAUAAGAAAGAACAAAGAACACUCUACACAUAAUUUUAAAAUUCUUUCAAAUUAUUUUAACAAGAAAUACAACUGCAUUUUAUAGAAAACAAACUUUUAAACUUGCAUGUUUUCUGUGUCUGUGUAAUAUUCAAUACAGUUUAGGAAUUUAUACGAAUCAGCAUUUAUACCUGAUAAUGGCCCCAUGUGGCCAAAACAUGUCAUGAAUAUGUAUGAAAGCAUGUACUAUGUAGUUUUCUAUCUGACAAUUAUGGAAGUGUUCCUCUUAGAAGCUUGUUUUCUACAUAUACAAGUAUAUCAAGUGCUCAAGUAAUACAACAGGAUGCUAAUAUUUAAUAUUUAAUAAUAUUUUGAGAAGAAAAGUUUCGUUGCAUAGUCUGAUUCUUGUGGCAAGUAGAAUAUAAAACAAAGCUAUGCUGUCUUCCUGGUAUAACCUGGUACAUAUAUAAAUAAUAUACUUUCUGAAAUACAGCAAAAAUUUCCUGUUUCUGGCCCCUCGUUUGGAUGAAGGCAGAGACUUUUGGGUCACCGAAAACAAGACCAGGAGAGCAGUGGUACAAGUUGGUGGAAGAUGCAAGUGAAAAGAAGCGUCAUGUGCGAAUGGCUGAUGAAGCAGUCUGCAUAGGACCUGCAGCAACCAAAGACUCAUACCUCAACAUUGAUCACAUCAUGCUAGCCGUUACAAAAACAGGUUCUCAAGCCGUUCAUCCUGGAUAUGGAUUCCUUUCUGAAAAUGCAGUUUUUGUUGAAAAGUUGGAAGCUGCAGGCAUUUCUUUCAUUGGUCCUUCAGUGGAAGCGAUCAAUGGAAUGGGAGAUAAAUUGGAAUCUAAAAGAUUGGCUCAGGCUGCAGGGGUGAAUACUAUUCCAGGUUUUGAUGGCAUUGUUAAUGAUGCAGAUCACUGUGUUCAGAUUGCUAGGGAGAUUAGUUACCCUGUUAUGAUUAAAGCAUCUGCUGGUGGUGGAGGUAAAGGAAUGAGAAUUGCAAGGAAUGAUGAUGAUGCAAGGGAUGGUUUCAGAUUGGCUUCACAAGAAGCUGCUUCAAGUUUUGGAGACGACAGGAUUCUUGUUGAAAAAUUCAUUGAUAAGCCAAGACACAUAGAAAUUCAGGUACUAGGAGAUAAACAUGGUAAUGCUGUAUACUUAAAUGAGAGGGAAUGUAGCAUCCAGAGGCGAAAUCAAAAAGUAAUUGAGGAAGCACCAAGUGUUUUUCUAAAUGAAGGUACAAGGAAAGCAAUGGGAGAACAAGCAGUAUCCCUGUGCAAACGUCUUGGUUACUAUUCAGCUGGUACAGUUGAAUUUUUAGUGGACUCUGAGCAAAAAUUUUACUUUUUGGAAAUGAACACAAGAUUGCAAGUUGAACAUCCUGUUACAGAGUACAUUACAGGAGUUGACUUAGUUCAUCAGAUGAUUCGUAUAGCAAAAGGUCAUCCUCUGCUGUUGACACAAAAGGAUAUUCCAAUAAAAGGCUGGGCAAUAGAAAGUAGAGUGUAUUCAGAAGAUCCUUAUAAAAAUUUUGGUCUUCCAUCUAUUGGCAGAUUAUACAAAUACAUUGAACCACUACAUGUACCAAAUGUACGGUGUGAUAGUGGUAUAGAUGAAGGUAGUGAAAUAAGUAUCUACUAUGACCCAAUGAUAUGCAAACUUGUAUGCUAUGGAAACACAAGGAAUGAUGCAAUUAAUACAAGUCUUGAGGCACUUGAUUCAUAUGUCAUAAGAGGUGUGACACACAAUAUUCCAUUGCUACGAGAUAUCUUGACAGAAACAAACUUUAUUGAAGGCAACAUCUCAACAAAUUACCUAUCUGAAGUGUAUCCUGAUGGCUUCAAGGGAAGACAGCUUAACAGUACAGACAAACAGCACAUCUUAGCAAUUGCUGCAUGUGUGUUUUCAAAGAUGGAUAUGAGAUCAUAUACAUUUCUCAAUGAAAGACCAUCAACAGCAAAACGCAAAGAACCAGCUGAAUGGACCCUUGUGAUCUCUCUCUUUGAUGAAGAGCUACAAUGUGAUGUUAAGAAAGUAGGAAACAAAUUCCAUGUUCACAUGAAAACUGAUACCUUAUCUGUAGAAGAUCAUAUAAACCUUUCCAGUCCCCUUAUUCAGACAAACAUCAAUGGAAAGCCAAUAGUAAUGCAGCUUGUAUCAAAAGAUGCUUCAGGAAAAUUACAAAUUGUGUACCAAGGGACAACGUUCACUAUUUUUGUUUUAUCUGAUAAAGCAAGUAAAUUUCUGAAAAUGAUGCCAGAGAAGCCAACGGUUGAUGUAUCUAAGGUGGUAUUAUCCCCAAUGCCAGGAAUGGUGAAAUCAGUCUCUUGUGAAGUUGGAGAUACAAUGGCUGAAGGACAAGAAGUCUGCAUUAUUGAGGCCAUGAAGAUGCAAAAUUCAUUAGUGGCGGGUGCAUCUGGAAAAGUGAAAGCUGUACAUGUGAAAGCUGGAGACACUGUUGGAGAAGAUGAUGUUCUGAUUGAGUUUGAAUGAUGUUUAAAAAAUAAUCAGAUGCUUCCAUACUGCUGAUAAAAUACCCUUAUACAUAUAUACACUAUGUCCUCCUUAGAGGCACAGACCAAGUAAUUAGUGAAUAAUGUAGUCCUGUGUAGAUACAGCUGAAAUAUUGCCUCUACACAGUUGCCACAUUGAGACCACAAUUCACACUGAAAUGUGGAAUAAAAUUUAAGACUUCUAUCCAUAAUAACAGGAAAUUCAAAGCUUAUCAUAUAUGAUCAAAUACAUGGCAGUAGCUUAGACUGUUCACUGCCAUGGGAGGACCCUUGUGAUAUGCAACAGUAUGUCAUAAUGGCACCUUUUUUCUUUUGUCAAAAUAUAAACUUUUCCUUUGGUAUGUUUCUUAAUCAUUAUUAUACUUCAAGUUUUAUUUUCCAUUUAUAACAGUGUACCAUUUUCAAAAUUUUAAAGAUCUGAAUCUGAAAUACUUCUUUCUCAAUGUCUAUUGAUGCCUCCCCUAAUAUUCUCUGCAGUUGAGUCAUUGUUAUACCGGCAAUUAUGGAUUUUAGGUGUCAUGCUUUAGUAUUUCAUUUCACUGAAAUUGUUAUUGUAUUGCUACUUAAAGUAUUAAAUUUACUGUCACAUAAUUUCUCUUUUGCAUUAAAUGAAUUUCAAUCACUUGCAUGAAUUAAUAUUUUGCCCCUUUUUAUAGAAUAAGUGCAGUAGUUGUUACCUUACACACUAGAUGUAUAAUGAAAGGAAAGACAUUAAAACAUGUAGUCACAGAUAUCUCUGUAAGCAACCUUUACAUAAAUACUGUCACAUGAUAGAGUGAUUAUA